AUGCCUACUCUCAAAUUUCUCCUUGCCAGUCUUACAACCUCGCACUCACCUGUCAACGUGGCUCAAUUCGCCGUCGGAACAUGGAUCGAAAACCUGGCUAUACGCCCGAAUGGCAAAAUCCUCAUCACUAUGAUAACUCCGCCUGAGAUCUGGGAAGUCGACCCUUUCCAACCGCCUGCAUCAAAUGCCACCGAGCUGGUCCACCGCUUCGAUACUAGUAUUGCCGAUCAUACCAGCGGAAUCACGGAGACAGAACCAGACGUCUUCGUGGUAGUAGGUGGCAAUAGCAUCUGGCGCAUCGACAUGAACGAGGACCUUUCCAAUCGCGUCUCCGAAGUCGUGAACAUAGCACCCUCACGCCUCCUCAACGGCGUGACGACUCUCGACGCAAAUGCUGGAAUAAUUCUUGUCGCUGACUCGGAACUCGGUCUCAUCUGGCGCGUCGACACAAAGAGCCUGACCUACGAGAUUGCUUUACAGGACGACACAAUGGCACCGAGGGAGACUUUGAACCGCCUUAUCGGUAUCAAUGGCGUGCGCGUCUGGAAGGAUUACGUGUACUACAACAACAGCCCCCUUCAGCUUAUAUGUCGUGUUCGCGUGGAUCGAGCCACCGGGCAAGCCGCAGGGCCGUACGAAGUCAUUGCUCAAGGCGUUUUGGGGGAUGAUUUUGCUGUUGAUCAGGAUGGUACGGUAUAUGUCGCUGAGAUGACUGAAAAUGUUGUUACGCGUGUUCAAUUAGAUGGUAGUCAGGCAGUUUUUGCCGGCAACCUCAAUUCUACAGAUGUAGCGGGCGCGACAUCAGCUGUAUUUGGGAGAACAGAGGGCGCUCGCAAUGUCCUUUACGUUACUACCAAUGGAGGAAUCUCUGCGCCGGUGAAUGGGUCGAUCGUUGAGGGAGGGAAGGUCGUUGCGAUUGAGCUGUGA